AUGAUCGCUGCCGGCCUCGGGCUGCUUCCUGACCAUGGAAACGCUCCUUCGCCUGCUGCACAGCAGGCGUUCCAGGCCAUGGCUAAUGUCAGUGAUGUUGCGCAUUUCCUCGCUGCCAUAGACGUCAAUGCCAUGGCGGUAACAGAUGAGGAGCAAAGGGAGAUCGCGUUGGGCCUUUUUCUUCAAGGCGCUGUCUUCAACCACAGCGAGGAACCCAACUGCAUACAAAGCUUUGUGGGUCGGCGGUUGGUGAUUCGCACCUUUCGGGCUGUCAAUGAGGGCGAGGAGCUCUGCAUCAGUUAUGCUGAGCUUGCAGAGAUGAGCAAGACCCGACACCAGUUCUUGUCGCAGCAGUACCACUUUCGACCAGAGUUGGUGCCCCAGGUGCAAGAGCGUGAUGCUGUGCUCAGUGCCAUCCUUGUCCCGCCUGAAUGGCUCCAUGCAGAGCGCGGAGUCGGAUGGAGCCCGGAGUCGGGAGUUCAGGACCUCGGCAAUGCUGCCGCAGCUGCUCUGGUUCAGAAGGUCAGUGAUCUUUGGUCCCAGGCCCAGGCCAAGUCUGCAGGUAGUAACGUUGAAUUGUUACUCCUCGCGUGGAGAAUAGCUACAUCAGGCUCUGACUUCCGCUUGGGCGAAGGCCACCUGCUUCGAUGGACUCUAGCCCGUGAGCUGAUGGAUGCCUUUGUUGCUGCCAAGCAAUGGCAAGAAGCCUUGGCAUUCGCAAGAUCUGUCUCCUCGAUUGGCCGCCAAAUACUUCCGCUGAACUGGCCAGUGGUUUCGUUGAGCCUUGCAAGACUUGCGAAGCUGGAGCUCUACCAUGGAAACUUCGCCAAUGCUUCACGCUGUUGCGAGGAUGCGCUCUACGCUGGAGGCCAACAGCCUUCGCCAUCGGCUCUGUAUUGGGAUGAUCGCAAGCGGCUGAGCAUGCAGAGAAUUGGGCAGACUGCCACCCAAGAGGGAGAGAGAGAGGAAGAGUACGGAAGAUACAAGUACGUGUACUUUCCACCGGCUCGAGUCAUUCUUAGCUACGGCGCUAGCGAUGUGAGACGAAGCCGUGGUCUUCCUCCGAUGACGCACGUGCCGGGAGUUGAGAGAACGGCUGCUGGUGUCAUGGACAUUGCAGUCGAGGAGUUCUGCGAUUUUCUCUCCCUGCGGGCACUGCCUGGCUGGAUCAUCGAUCAGAUACGAGUAGGUUCCGAGGAGGAGUGCGCCCUUGCCCAGCCAUCAGGAGGGAAGUUCUUCACCGACAAUGGGCUGGCAAAGCUGGGCAUCGCUCACCCGCUCCAUCGUCGGAGAAUACUUCGAGAGCUAGAGUGCUUGAAUCAAAUUAAACAUCCUGAAAGCCUGGCGGCGAAGUCUGGAUGCACCUCCCGUCCUACUACUCCAUCGGAAUGCUCCCAGGCACUGCGAGACUUGCGAGACUUGCAGCAGCUGUGUCUAAAGCGACCGCAGAGGACCGCGCGAAGGCGUUCCUUUGAGCAGGACAUGCGAUGGCCUUUUCUUUUGAUCGAAUGUUUUCCACAGAACAUUAAGAACACUGGCUCGAAGGCAGCCACGGAGCUUUCGGAUCACGCAACUCGAGGAGAGAACUCACAUGCCAGGCGCCGCCAGAUGAAGGCGUCUACCCUGUUUGGGGCCUCCGACAGCACCGACACGCAAGCAGAGGCGCCGGUGACGGCGCAGUCGACUCAACGCUCUUCUGCAGCAGCUGAGGAUCAACAGAAAGUAGAGAAUUGCGGUCGUUUGGAUGGUGCCGAGCAUGUUGCGGAAAUAGAGGAACCCGAGGAAGUAGAGGAAGAGGAAGAGGGCGAUGUCAUGGGCUGGGAAGCAUGGCUUCAGAGCCGCCUGCACUCCUGGGGGAUGUUGUCGCUGGUGGAUGACAUUCUUCAUGCUGCCUGCAAAGGAAACUUGUCUGUCUGCACGGACAUGAUGGACAAGGUGGCCAUGCACGGAAGUGAGUUUCAGCAGUCUUUGGCCAAAACCCCACUGCCAUCGUACAUACAUGCUGCCCUUGUCCUGCCACCUCAUGUGGUUGCUCCAGCCAACAUUUGGGAUUGGCUGCUUUGGCGCCUUGAUCUGUUGGAGGAAGCAGAGUACCGCAUCACUACCUUGCUUGGAAAGGCCUCGAACCUGCUCGAUUCGAUCAUGGGCGCCUCUGGUCGUGGCCCAAUGCGAACGGACUCGGUGAAGCAAAGCUCAACAGACAGGCGCCGAACCGUCAACGUCAAGAAGCUUAUGCAAGUGCAGGGGAUGCUCUUGCAGGCACCCGAAACACCAGCAAGGAGCAACAGCAAUCAGCCUUCAAGGAACAACAGCGUUGGCAGCCAGGCCCCAGCAAGAAGCAGCAGCGUGAAUAGUAAUACUGAUGGUGCAUCAGAGAAAUCCGGCCCGAAGCUGUCAGGCUUCCAAAGAUUCAAAAGAAUUGCGAGCCUGGUUCUCUCCCACGUACGGGCCAAGAAGCAAGACGGCCUGGUCUUGAAUACAAAGCUCCUGACAUGCAUAUCAAUGCAAACAAAGGUAACGCAGACUCAAGAUGAGUUGGCAUCCUUAUUGAAGGAGGUGGAUGAAUGGCCACCCCUUGUCAGUCAGAGCCGCAGCGUUUGUGAGGAGAUGAGGGGUCGGCUUCGCGAAGCAUCGCAAACCCUUUUCGAGCGUUUCGUGGACCUUCGACAACACAUCGAGGUCGAGCUGCGCGAGGUAACUCUCGGUGAUCAAGGCAUCGUAGACUGUCCGCAGCUCGAAGGCAAGAUCAUCGACACCCAGCGUGAGCUCUCAAGCUCCUUACUGUUGGGCGACUUUGCAUUGCAGAGGGCGGACCAGCUUGGUGUGAGUCUGCGGGCUCAAGGAAUUGAACCACCCCCCAACCCUUGGGAAGGGUGUGUUCAACUCGUCGAGCCCCCUUGGGAAGCAAGCUUCCUGAGAGCCUUGAGAAAGUUGGAGCCGCUGAAGCGGAACUUGAAUGUUCGGAGGCAGGGAACGACAUAUGUGGACUCGGUCCUUCAUUCAACCUCGGAGAACAGAAGGAGCUUGAAGACGCCACCCAAACAACUCCGGGCAGGAUUGUCAAUUCCUGAAGAUCUGCUCUCGCCUGCCACUGGGGCAGCGGCAUGGCCGCUGCGUUUGGCGGAUCAUGAUGUGCGGCUCCGCAUGGGGCCCCGUGCUUCGCACCACUGCUAUGGCAUGACUGUGCCGGACAGACUGGAUGCUGUGGAGCCCUUUCUCAAAGACCUGUUCGAGGAGCUGAGGUGCCGAUGCGAAGAGGAGAAAAUGCAGUAUGCAGCCCAGAUGCACAAGUUUGUUUGCCUGUCGAAGCAGGUUGGACGCACGGUCGUCUAUGUGUUGGACUUGAGCGACGUCAGCAGAGAGAGAGAGAGAGAGAGAGAGAGAGAGAGUAGCCAUUUUGGCUCAAGGGCGGCCACGAUCUUUCCUUCCUGUAUAGCUGAGCCCGCUGUGGAAACAACCCAUGGGGGAAAGACGGCCGCGGGUGCGCGCACGCACACUCCCAGGGCAAGACCGCCCUGUGUGCCUACAACGACUUCGUUGACGCCGACGUCUUCGCGAACUCAAAGGGGAGGUUGGGGGGAGAAGGGCUCGUACUGUGCCCACGGGCCUGGACCCCCCCGCUUCUCCUCAAGUAACUAA